UCUUGCCUCGGAACUCGCUAGUUGAAAAUAAUGAAAGCUGAGAGUUUGAUGUCCAGAGAUGAAAGUUUGAUGUCCAGAGAUGAAAUUAUUAAAUCUGCGUUACGUUUUGAUGACAUUUAUAAUUCUCACCUCGUACUUUGCUCAUGGGUAUGUUGAAGAGUGCCGGAGCAGAAUGUACCCUCCAAAAGGUCCAACAUUUAAAGGCAAUGUUACCUGGUACACUGUGAACCUUGAUUCACCCCCCAGCGAGCGGUGGAGGCAUGUGAUGAUGGAUAAAAAACCUGAACUGUUAACAAUGAUACAGGCAAUAAAGGAUUUAGCUGGUGGGUUUUUCCAUGGACAAAUACUUCAUUUAGUAGACAAAGAGUUGCCUUUAAUUGUGGACACACUUCCUUACCCUUUUAAUGAGGAGAUCAAAGGAGUGGCUGUUGUCACUGGUGUCCCUUUGGGAGAAGUUGUGCUGUUUAAUAUCUUCUAUGAAGUUUUCACCGUGUGCACAUCAGUAGUUACAGAAGACUUAAAUGGCAACAUUUAUCAUGCUCGGAAUUUGGACUUUGGAUUGUUCUUGGGGUGGGAUCAAAAAAAUCAAACCUGGACCCUAACUGAGAAGCUCAAACUGCUUGUGGUGAAUAUUGACUUUAGUCAAAACAAUAGAACGCUGUUCAGAUCCACCAGCUUUGCAGGAUAUGUGGGAAUCCUCACUGGCAUCAGACCUAGAGAAUUCACUCUAACAAUGAAUGAGCGUUUCAGCAUUGAUGGAGGGUACAUAGGAAUCCUCGAAUGGAUUUUUGGCAAGAGAGAGGGAAUGUGGAUGAGCUUUCUUACCCGCAAGGUCCUGGAGAACGCGACCAGUUAUGAAGAUGCCAAGAAACAGCUCGCUAUGACCGAAUUACUUGCCCCAGCCUACUUCAUCUUGGGUGGAAACCAGACUGGCCAAGGUUGUGUCAUAACCAGAACUAGAGUCAACACACUGGAUAUCUGGGAGAUUGAUUUAAAGCUUGGCAGAUGGUAUGUGCUUGAAACGAACUAUGAUCACUGGGACGAGCCAUUCUUCUUGGAUGAUCGCCGUACACCAGCUAUGAAAUGCAUAAAUAAAACCACACAAGCAAACAUUAGCUUGCAGACUAUAUAUGAUGUUCUUUCAACAAAACCAGUUCUAAACAAGCUGACCACCUACACUUCACUAAUGGAAGUCUCAACUGGUAAACUGGAGUCUUAUGUUAGGGCCUGUCCAAGUCCGUGCACACCCUGGUGAUUCAUCCAGCACUACUGAGCACAAUGGUGAAGGUGGGCAGGUUGAUUGUGAUGAUGGACAAGGGGCCUCUCUGUCAGUGCUAUGGCGAAAGGCAACGUAUCUAUUGCCGUCACCCCACUGCGAAAAAGACCACUGUUGUUAGGAGGUUAAUUCAUGUUAACUGACAUGAAUCCCAUUCUGGAUGCAAAGGACUGUGCUACCAUGAAUGAUUUUAAAUAGAAAAUGUAAAGAUUUUAUUUUAAUCAUUUUUGAACAAAGAAGCAUUUACUUUUGCAAAUAAAAGUAAGACAAAUACUGUAAUUUAAUAAAUUGUUUUUUUUAUAA